AACAAGUGGACAAUCACAGCUGAGCGUUUGAUCCACUGCACGUGCUCUCCUCGAGGGCCCCGAGCUGCACAGUGUUCUGAACCGAGAGCAACAGAACAAGUAUGUCAACUGAGGAAGUCUGGGUGGGUGCCUGGAGGCCCCACAGGCCGAGGGGUCCAAUUGCUGCAAUGUACAGCAGCCCAGGGCCCAAAUAUGCGCUUCCAGGAGUUACAGGUUUAAAUUAUCAUGACCCACGGAAGUGGAAAGCUCCAGCAUUCAGUUUUGGCACGCGCCAUAGGCAGUUCAGCUCCAGCUGUUCACCAGGACCUGGCUACCUUGUUCCCUCUAAUAUUACAAGAGCUGGACGGGACGGAACCCCAGCUUAUUCACUGUACAGUAGACCCAAAGACCCUCUACUUUUCCAGACCCCUGGACCAGGGAGAUAUUCCCCUGAGAAAGCAGGGACAAUGACCUAUUAUUCCGCCCCUGCAUAUUCACUGUCAGCUAGAAGCAAAGAGUUUCGCAAUGACCAGACACCAGGGCCUGCUGCUUAUAUGCUGCCUUCAGUGCUAGGACCAAACACUGUGAAUAAAUCAUCUGCCCCGAACUUUUCCCUCACCGGCCGUAGCAAGAUAGGCAGCUUCCAUGAGGACCUGCAGAAGACUCCAGGUCCAGGGACAUACAGAAGUGUGGAUCCAGCUGUGUACAGACACAAGCCUCCUCAGUAUAGCAUGACUGGCCGCAACAACAUGCCUGGUGACACAACCAAGAAACCAGGACCUGGAGCUCAUCAUCCAGAGCAGGUGACCUUCACACAACUCAAAGCUCCCAGCUUCUCCUUCGGUGUCCGCCACUCUGAGUUCAUUGCACCACUGAUUGUGAACAUCACCGAUUAACUCAGCCUUUUCCCUAAUCUCAUAAUAAAGAGUGCUCUGUUAUGCAGUGAAGACUGUUACUAAAAAAUUCUCAGUACUGCUAUUAAAGUAUGUAAAGCCUUCAACAAGAGAAGCCACAGCAAGGCAGCUUUAUCACCUGAACUGAGCCAAAGCAGUUAUGCUGAGAGUGAGACUUGAAAUCCUGACAGAGGUUGUUGACAAACUUAGAAAAUGUUUUAAAUGGUGUGAAGAUUAGACUGCAGAUGAUACCCACCAAAUUAUGAAUCCAGUAUUCUAGUAGAACAGAACUGACCAUGUCUAGAGCACUUUGUCAGGAUGAGGAAUUUGAAGAAUAGAAACACAAAUUAAACUUACCCUAGUCCAACAACAGAAUCAGCUGUUGUCCUUAAAAUUCAGACUGUUCUUCAACAAACAGUGAAAAAUAUAUAUAUAUCAGGCAUAAAAUUGUGUCCUUGUUUCUACGCUC